AUGGAUUCUGACGAAGAAAGUGUUGUUUCUGCUAAGCGCAUGCGACAUGAGGAAGAAAGUGAUGAUCCUAGCGAAGAUUCUGAAAGGCUUUCGAUAGAAGAAGACGAUGAUGAAGAUGAAGAGGAAGAACGUAGGCGGCGUAGAAAGCGUCGUGAACGCUAUCGUGACGCGAGUGAUGUGCGAAAUCUUUUCAACGAUGAGGCUGAAGCCGUGGAUGACGAGGAGGAGGAGGAGGAGUCUGGUGAUGAUGAAGCGGAUCUUUUAGGUCAUGAGGAUGUUGAGGCCAUCCAGUCUGCUAUGGCCUCCGCUCGUGAUUUAGAAGCUCGAACUCGAAUGCAGGAAUUCACGGAGCAGGACGCAGAUGAACUAGAGCGUUAUUUUACAGAACGUUAUGAGAAAUCAAACUUCGCUUCAAGACAACUCGGUGAAGGUUAUGGCAUGACGGCUAGUAUCCAACAACAACAAAACCUUCCCGGUAUCAAAGAUCCUCACCUUUGGCUUGUCAAAUGCCAGAUAGGCGAGGAAAGAACAACUGCUAUUGCUUUAGCUCGCAAAUUCCUUGCCUUCCAAUGCACUUCUACCCCCCUCCAAAUUAAGUCUAUUAUUGCAAAAGAUACCCUUAAGGGUUAUCUCUAUAUUGAAGCUUUUAAACAGACUCAUGUCAAGCAGGCAAUUGAUGGUCUAAAAGCUCUCGCACGAGCCCAGUUUGAUCAAAAGCUUGUUCCUGUUGACGAGAUGGUUGAUGUGUUGCGAGUUGUUAAGGAGUCCGCGCAAUUAAAACCUAAGCAGUGGGUCCGCAUUAAGGGUGGUCGUUACAAAAACGAUUUAGCACGUGUUGAAAGUGUUGAAGAUGCUCAAAAUAUCGUGUGGCUCAAGCUUGUCCCUCGGAUUGAUUACGAACGAAAACGUAAUCGAAUGUUUGAAUCCGAACCUGUUAAUGGAGAUCCUUCUCUAUCUGCUAAUCGAAAAUUUAAUUGGAAGCGUCCACCCGCUGCCUUAUUUGAUCCCACUAAAGUUAGCGAUCGUAUCUCCACCAGUGGCCGGUAUGUUGUCUUUGAAGGCAAUCAGUAUGACUCAGCAGGCUUCCUCUUAAAGGACUUUAGGAUUAAUACGGUUAUCUCAGAGGGCAUUCGGCCUACUUUAGCCGAGCUGGAACUUUUCAAUCAAAUGCCAGAUGGUGUAGAAUUAGCAGCGGCGGCAGCAUCAGUGGCUUCCAAGAGUUCCACGGCUCCGAAAUUGGGUCCCAACGGCGAGGUACUCUCUGGGGACUACGACUUCUUGCCGGGCGAUAUUGUCGAAGUGUGUGAUGGUGAAUUGAAAAAUCUUCGAGGUACAGUUACUUCUACUGAACCAAAUGGCCGAAUUAUUGUUCAACCUAGCCACAAUGAUCUCAAAGAACCCAUUCCUUUCAAUACACAUGAAUUAAGGAAGUACUUCGAACAAGGUGAUCAUGUCAGGGUGAUCAACGGGCGUUACAGGAAUGAGACCGGUCUUCUUUUAGUUUACGAACCCAACAUCUGCUUAGUGCUACCAGACAGUGGAAUGUCGGAGAUUCGGGUUGCUCCAAGAGAUUUGCGCCUUUGGCAAGAUCGUGCUGGUCCAACUGACCCUGGUAAUCCAGGAGGUGUUCAACUCAAUGAGUUCGUUCAAAUCGAUGCUCAAAACGCUGGCGUGGUCAUCCAAAUGGACAGGGAGAGUAUUUCUAUUCUCACAUGUCACGGAAAAGUUGUCAAUGUGAAAGCCAAUACUGCUCUAAGGGUCGUCAAAUUCGGUGGACCACGUAGUGUUGCGCCUCAGGCGUUGGAUCACAAUUCUAAUACUAUUAAGGUAGACAUUUGA